AUGGCCAACAAUGUUUCAGAACGGAGCAAAUCCAAUGCCUGGAUUUGCUCCUACACUGGCGAAAACUAUUUGGCGGAAUUGCAAAUCUGCUAUGACACACAUCUCAGAGUAAUGGACUGCCCAAAUGUAUAUUGGUCCGAUGAAAGAUUGGAGACAGACAUCAGGUAUUUGGAAAAGCUACCAAAAAUGUAA